AAUUGAAAAAUGACAGGCAUUUGCAGUCAAAUUCCAAUUCAGUGACCAUCGGUCAAUCAUGUUAUCCAUCCUGCGCAAGGCUCGUCUGAAAGAUAAGGAGCUUCGCGUACUCAUGCUCGGACUAGACAAUGCAGGCAAAACUACCAUUGUGAAGAGAAUCAUGGGUGAGGAUAUAAACACCGUCAGCCCUACGUUAGGUUUCAUCAUCAAGACAAUUGACUUUGACGGCUACAAACUAAACAUAUGGGACGUGGGGGGUCAGAAAACACUCAGAUCAUACUGGAGAAAUUAUUUUGAAAAGACUGAUGCCCUGAUAUGGGUCGUUGAUGCCACUGACCGACUCAGAAUGGACGAUUGCAGGGAGGAGCUGGCAGGACUCCUUCUGGAGGAGCGAUUAAUGGGCGCGAGCUUGCUUGUGUUGGCCAACAAGGUCGAUGUGGUUGGAUGUAUGAAUGAGGGGGAAAUCCGGGAGCGGCUCCAGUUGGAUGCAAUUAGGACUCAUAACUGGACGAUACUUCGUUGCAGUGCAUUAGAUGGCCUCAAUCUCCGAGAGGGUCUUAGCUGGGUUGUCCAAGAUGCCAAAGACAGAUUGUUCCUAUACUGAUUUCCGGAGCUUGAUGCUUCUUUGGGCUUCUUUAUUAAAGCACUAUAUAUACCUUAAUUAAUAUAAUUCUUCCUGCGCGGAC